UGGAGCGGGGGCUGUGCGUGCGCAGGAGGUGAUGAGCAGGGAAGGGGGGCAGGAGGAGGAAAGGGUGUAAAAGGGUCUGGCGGCGUAGUACAAGGGGGUGGGUCUGUGCGUCGGUCACGGCAGUUGGUCCUGUCUCGGUUAUUCCAUCUCUCCCUCAAGUAUUUCUGUCCCCAGUGCUGGGUCCUGGGGGGACUGGGAAGGAGGAGGAGAGGCAGCCCAUGGAGGAGCAGAGGGUGGUGCUGGAAGGAGCCGGAGAGGAGCCCCAGAGCCCCAGGGUGGACAGGGACCAGGAUGUCCCACGGCAGCCAGGGGAGACGCAAGGUAGCCAAGAGCCAAGAAGACCCCGAAAAUGCUCUUUCAAAGGGACGUAUGGUGGGGGCCGUCAGGGAGACGCAACCCAACCAACGAAUCAGUCCAGAGAGAAGGUGUACACGUGUCUGGACUGUGGGAAGGUCUUCAACCGCAGGAGCAGCCUGAGCCGUCACCAUCAGUCCCACACGGGAGAGAAGCCCUUCAAGUGCCUGGAUUGUGGGAAGAGCUUCAGGUAUAGUGUGAAACUCCUGCGUCACCGGACGACACACACCAAGGAGAAGACCUUUCUCUGCACAACAUGUGGAAAAGUCUUCUCCUGGCGCUCGUACCUCCUCAUCCACCAGCGCAUCCACACGGGACUGAGACCCUACACCUGCUCGUACUGUGGGAAGAGCUUCCAGCGGAGUUACCACCUCAGGAGCCAUCAGCAAGCCCUGCACAGUGGUGAGUCCCUGGAGGUUUAAGGCCAUGUCU